AUGCUUGUCCCGGCCGCCCGCAAUCCCUCGACGGAGAAGAGUGAUAUCAACGCCGUCACAGACAGUAGAAAAUCCAGAUCAUUCAUCGGUGCCGGAAUUUAUGCUGCAAGACGAAGUCCGUUAUGGGGUGAUUUGUCCAAGGAGCUACCUCUAGAAUCAACCCUUGGACAAAUUUCCGAACCUGAAACACCUUAUGGCACGUCCAGUAUUCUUUGGGGUCUCUCCGACUAUCGAUCAUUGAGAUCAUACCAUCCAGGUUCGUCUCGGAUUCUUCAGCUUUGGCAAAUAUUUCUGGAUAAUGUACAUCCACUGUCAAAGAUUAUUCACUCUCCCUCUAUUCAGAGGCAAAUUAUUGCCGCCACUCUAAACUUAGAUGGGGUGUCGCGCGGCCUAGAAGCUUUGAUGUUUGUCAUCUAUCUCUCUGCGGUCAAUUCACUCAAGCCAUCGGAAUGCGAGUCUAUUCUUGGCGAAAGAAGAGAUAUAUUGCAUAAAAGAUAUUUGUCUGCAACAAAACAGGCAUUUGUCAAUUGCGAGUGUCUCAAAUCAUGCAGUUUCAUCGUAUUACAGUCACUGACACUAUAUCUGUUAUGCAUGCGCCAAUAUCACGACCACAAGUCAUCCUGGCUUCUCACUGGACUAGCAGUCCGAAGCGCACAGCGAAUGGGUCUUCACAAGGACAAUAUGCCCAGUCGGAUACCCUCCUUCGAAUCUGAAAUGCGACUUCGCCUCUGGUGGCAGAUCUUAUUGCUAGAUUCUCGUGCUGCGCAACUUUCAGGGCUUUCCAUGGACUCCCAGACACGCACGUACUUUGACUCUCGGCGCCCUUUGAAUGUCAACGACUCAGAUCUAUACCCUGAAAUGAGUGUACUACCUCCCGAUGUCGAAUCCCACGCCACGGAAAUGAUUUUUUGUCUAGUGAUUUAUGAAGGGGCGCGGUUUACUAACUCUCAAGCCCUUUCCGAGUGUACGGAUGAGAAAGUAAUGGACGAAUUCAUACUAUUCCUCCGUUCCAAAUUCCUACGCUUUUGUGAGAAGGCGAUUCCGAUUCACCUGCUUACUCACCAUGUAACUCAAAGCGUCGUCGCGCAAACAUCCAUCAAAGGACUACAAGCCCGUAAGCGCAAUAAUAAACUCGACCUGACCCGCUCCGAUAGAGAGGCCCUUCUCGGAUGGAAUGUUGAUGUUAUCGAGUGUAUGAAUUCCAUAUACUCUACGGAAAUCUUACAGCCAUAUCUAUGGUUUCUGCACGGCACUUUUCCAUUUGAACCUUUUGUGUCUGUCUUGCUAGAAUUACAGCGCAGCGUUGAUGGGCAUUUGAUUGAUCGGGGAUGGAACGCCAUUGAUGGCGUAUACAACACCUUUGUUGGUACAGACUGGCUGCCAUGUACGCAUUCAAAUGACUCCUUGUACUGUGCUGUAGGGAAGCUGGCUUUGAAAGCAUGGGAGACACAAUCUACACGCCGCGAGCCUAUGCCAUCCUGGGUAAGCCAAUUGAGAGAGAAACAACGGGGGAAUAAUAACGUCAACGCCCAGAACGAACAUUCACACGCAAUAAAUGCCGACGAGGUCACACAGUGGAGUCGUUUUGUUGGAAAUGACGAAGAUAUCAUAGGGGACCUUGACAUUGACUGGGCUUACUGGACUCAGUCUUUGGAGGGAAAGCAAAAUUUUUGGUGA